GUCGUCUCUCUCUAGCCAACGUAAUUGAAGUCUCUGUCGAAGGAAUCGCCUUCCUGGCACUUGUAGAUACAGGAGCCGCCGUAUCCGUACAAAACAAAACAGUUUUGUAUAAACAACGCUGUCUGUAUUGUUUUGGCAGGUGGCUGAAUCAUGGCUGAAUUGCCUGGUGGAAGUAAUGGAGACGACGACCUGUACGGAGAUCACGAAGCUGCGUCGAGGGAACCGCUACAGCUGACAGUGCGGUCGAUCAUGGACAAGGUGACCCACGUGGAGGCCUUCGCCAGCGACAGCAUCCUAGAUUUGAAGCUGCUUCUCCAGGAUAUACUGCUGGUACCAGUCGACCAGCAGCUGCUAGUCUAUCGGUACCAAGCGCUGGCUGACAGCGACACGCUCGAAGAGUGCGGUCUCAGAGACGGCUGCCAACUUAACCUCAUCCUACGCAUGCGCGGAGGCGAUCCCACACCCGUAGUUCUGGAUGAGGCGGAGCCCAUGAAGCUGUCCGUCUGGAUUCGACGAGGCAAAUGUGUGAUGGUGGACAGCCGCCUCGGGGCGACCAUCGGCAGCGUCAAGCAGGGCAUCGAGAAACUGACCGGACUGCGGGCGGCCCACCAGACGCUCACGUUUCGCGGCGAAGACAUGAGCGACGAGCACACGCUGGCGCACUACGAGCUGCGCGAUCGAUGCGCCGUGUUCCUUGCCGGCGGCGAAAACAGUGCCGCACCGGCGACAGCGGGGAGGGACCAGCCUCAGUCGGCUGAGACCGUGGCAGGGAUUGCUGUGCGAUUGUGGAACCUAUUCUUUUGAGGAUAGACUUGUUUUCCGCUCCGCGAAGGGUGCCUGCAUGGGCGAGAAGAAGCGCAAUGAGGCACCGCAGCCCUAGGCGUCUCAUAGUGUCGCUAUAGGACCAUGCGUCCUGCAUAGGAAGCUACAAGAUGACGAUAAUGAUUUAUUGGCACUCCCCUUUGAAAGGGGCUGGUGGCAAAUAUUCACAUAGCCUGCUUGAGCUAAUCAGGUAUGUUAUACAUGCUUUGCAGUCUGGAAUUUUGCACACAUCUCCUUAACCUUUGUACUAUUCUUUAAAAUAUAUGUAUCUACCUUGUGCUGCUGGCUAUGCCUGUAA